UAUCUCUAUGCCUCCAUCCUUCUGCACUUCUGGUUUCUUUCUUGUGUCGACGGCUGUACGCUGUAUCAGUUGUCUUUGCGUUCCACCGGUUGACUUUCGGAUGUCGUUACGUGCGUGGUAUGGUGUUCUCUCAACAUUUUAGUUUUUGUGUACAAACUUUUUUCCCUGCCCUUGACGGGAAGUUCUGAUGCAAUAAUGUUCGCGUUCGUACGGUUUCUCUUCGACAAAAAGCGUCUUGUGGUGCCAAUUUGGAAAGUGCGUGGUUUCACUUUGCCUUCCGGCGUGACAGAUUUUAAUGGCAAUGCCGAUGUUCCGGUACACGAUGUCUACUGGCCAGGCGACUCCAAGACCUGUGGUGGAUACUACGAGGCAGAAAUAAUUUAUAUUGCAGGUUGUCAAGCACAGCAAGAAGAGGAAGAGAAAUGAAGCACAGCGACAUCUUGAGUUGGAUCUUCUUGAGGAAGUUAGCAGUGAAGAUGAAUUAAUAGAAAAGCGUGCUUUACGAGAAAAGGAUCGACAGAUUCAGCGGCUUGAAAGGGAACUCCAAGAAUUGAGGCGGCUUAACAUCAGACUCCAAAACGCACUGUGUACGAAGCUAUUGCCUGGUGCCUAUGAACAGACGCAAGAAGCUUAUACAACUGAAGGAGAUGGCGAGUCCCACUUUAUUGGUGCUAAGCGUAAAAUUUGAAUAAAAAUCUUGCUUUAUUAUUAUUUCAGAUGCAGUGACACAAGCUCACGUGUGUGAUGCUGCUAUGGCAGGUGACGAUUCACCACACAUCACUGCUGUGGUAGGUCCAUCUGGCACGCAACAGCAACGGUAUUCCUGCAGUUCCUCAGAUACAGAGCUGCUUGAGGGCAACAGUAUUCCUCAGACAAUGAUUCCUGCCGUGGAAGCAGUACAACCGGAAGAAUCGACCCUGCCUGCGGAACCUAACGACAUUUCAGAAAGACCCAGUGGACACGUCCAUGUGGAUGUGUCACAGCAUAUACAACAAAUGCCCCAGGAUGUGCCUCAAGCUCUGCUAGUCCAGCAGACAAGCUUCUGUCCAGGCAACAUGAUGGACCUGGGCAAUGGUGUCUCCAUACCAAAGGAAAAAUGGGCGUACCUGUGCAAGCACCAAGAGGAGUCCCGGUUUGUGAAGGAGUUGGCAGUGGUCAUAUGGGGAACGUCCACGCUUUUGCGCAAGACAUUUACAGGGUGUUUGAGUAACCGCGCGAAGGCUGAAGGGAAAACCGAGGUGUUUCCAGCACUCACGCCUGAGAAGGUGGAAGCCGUGCGUGGAGCGUUUGCGACCUACCUUACCAAGGAGAAAAACGUUUCACGAGAGGAGCUGAAGAAGAAGUCUGCAUUGGUACGCAAGUACCUGAGCGAGAAAAUGAGUGAUCUCCGUCGGUCCCGUAAGCAAACUUGAAAUAAACAGCAACUUGUAACAACUG